CUAUAUUUACACCAAUGCCCAGGCGGGAGCCUGCUCACCAUGGACACUGUGGAGUACUGCAACGUAGGUGGCGGGCUCCAGGAGGUCCCCGGAGGGUCCUGGGGCCGCUGGGGCCCCUGGGUACGGCGAGUCCUCCUCCUGGCCCUGGCUCUCCUGGUCACCACAGUCCUGUGGACACUCAUCCUGAGCAUCCUCCUUUCCAAGGCCUCCAAGCAGCAAGGGGCGUUGUUGGGCGGCCAGGACCUGCUGAGAACGAACGCCUCGAAGCAGUCGGUGGUGCUGGGCGCGCUGAAGGAAGAGGUCGGAGCCUGCCACAGCUGCUGCCUGAGGACGCAGGAGCUGCAGAAGAAAGCGGGCGCAGAGCUGCGGGAGGCGCAGGCGAAGCUGCUGCAGCAGGAGAGCGCCCUGAGAGAACUGAGCGAGCGCGUGACACAGCGCUUGGCUGAGGCGGGAAGGGACCGCGAGGGCAUCCGCAGUGAGCUGUUCCGGGCGUUGGAGGCCGCCCGAUUUGGAAACAGUUCCUGCGAGCCCUGCCCCACGCGGUGGCUGCCCUUCCGGGGCUCCUGCUACCUUUUCUCGGGGCAGAAGGCCUCCUGGGAAGAGUCGCAGCGCUACUGCGCAGGCACAGGCGCGCACCUGGUGAUCAUCGGGGACCUGGAUGAGCAGGACUUCCUGUCUCGGAACACAGGAGGCCACGGCUACUGGCUGGGCCUGAGGGCUGUGCGCCGCGCCAGGAAGGUCAAGGGCUACCAGUGGGUGGACGGAGCCCCGCUCAGCUUCAGCCACUGGAACCUGGGAGAGCCCAAUGACGCUCGGGGGCAGGAGGACUGCGUCAUGAUGCUGCACACGGGGCUGUGGAACGAUGCCCCUUGCGGCAACGAGAAGGACAACUGGAUCUGCGAGAAGAGGAACAACUGUUGAGCCCACCAGUGCCCCUACAACACCCACCAUUGCGAUUGCUGCAGCUACUCACCCUCCUGGCUUUGCCCACCACCAUCGGAUCCUCCUCUCCCCCCCCCCCUAAGAACUACCCACCCCGCUCAGCGGAGUCCAGUGCAUGUACCCUGGGACCUCCUCUCCCACCUGACCACUAGCCCUCCCACACGAGCCUAACUUCAGCCUCCACCUCUUCCGAAAUCCUGGCUCCUGGGCCCUUUGAUCAGACCCCACCUCCCUCCCUAGCCAAGACCAGGUGACUGGGAGAUGGAGCUGUCUGGUUUUCUUGCAUUUUUCUUAGUCUGGGAGGCCUCAAAGAUGGGUUUUAUGAACUGUCCGUGAAGCCCUAAGGAGCAUCAAUAAAUGUUUGAGAUAAGAUCCA